CAAUUAAUUAGAAGCGGACCAGAGCUUUCCCCCCAAACAACUCGUCCUCAUGCGCAAACCCUGUGUGUCUGUUGAUCGUCUGUUUGCUUAUUGUUUGGACCAAAGCCAAAAAAAGAACCCGAGGACCUGGACGGGAAAUAUUUCAGAAUUUUGUAUUUUAAUGAUUUGGACUGGUCUGCAAUGCGCUCUGAAUCAGACCGCUGAUGGGAAAUGAAUAGAGGAAACGAAGAAGGAAACAGUUCCUCAUUCAGUUAAAGUUUUCUCUCAACAACAAACCCGCCGCACUUCAAACGUCUCGCGCUGUGGAACAAAGCGCAGCUUGUGAAAUCACAGAAGACAUGUGGAGAUAAAUCUGCCUCUCAGGACGCACCGAGACAAGUCGCUGCUGCUCGUUCUCACAGGUCGGAUGUGUGCGUGGAUGUAAAACGCUGCUUUCAGCAGAGAGCCCUGGGUUCCCCCCCACCUCCCCAGUUGUAACUCAAACAUCCGACCCGUCACCUCUGCCCGCAAACCGGAGCGCCCCGAGCUGGAGGUGCCGCGGAGGACGCCAUGGGACGAUCCAAAUGCUAAUGCGAUGGGCUGUUGAUGGAGAGGAUUUCGAAUGUCAGCCGGGACAGUGGUCAUCGCAGGAGGAAUUCUGGCUACAGUCAUCUUACUGACCAUCGUCGGUGUACUGUGUUUAUGUAGGUUACAGUACUACUGCUGUAAGAGGGAGGAGUCUGAGAAGGGGGAAGAGGAGGAACCAGAGCUCGACACCAUGUCUCCGUCCCAGCCCCUGGCUCUGUCCGCUCCACCUAGCCCUCCGACGCCGCAGCGCUACUUCGAGGAACCGGACAACUACCCCCCCACCUUCCUCACCGAGGCCAACGGGCCUGCCAGCUACUCCUCCACACCACCACCGCCGCCGCGCAGGUGCCAGCGCUCGCACGCAUUCUGCCCGUCCUGCGCCCGCUGCUCGCUGCCCUUCUACCUGCAGCACCCGGAGAGGCUGUGCAACGGCGGCCGCAGGAUCAGCUACAGGACUGUGCAGCAGCAGGACCUGGAGCUGCCCGUGGACCUGGCCAGCUUCUACGAGAAGCUCAACCUCAUCCGCUCCGUCACCAUGAAGCAGGUGGUCACCCACAGCAUCAGCACCGACGUCUAGGAGCCGACAGGGUGGAGGGAAAGGUGCACUGUUGCACUAAAUCAACAUGCUGUGGGUGCAGCAUUGAUACUGUGUCCUGAUGCACUACAACACCGAGGGCUUGUGGGUAAUGCAACACAUCUUCUGGCAGCGAUAUUGGAGGUCUGCAGCUCAGGAGCUUUGUUUCUGACAGAUUUGAACAGAUUUACUCUUUUGUCAGUUUUGACAUAAAACGGAUCAUUUUGUCUGAUUUUGUGUUUAGAAAAGUAGCUUCUUAGCUACUUAGCUAGUAUGUAUGUGCAUCAAAGUAUAAACAAGACAAUUUACAAUGUGUGAUUAUGUCAGUAAAUGAAACAGAUUUUGUUUGUUUGACUUCACCACAAAACGAGACAGAAGUGGAGGUAAAAUAAGGUGAAAUAAGUCUGCUUUCAUGAGGCUAAUGGCUGGUUAGGAAGCUUACUCUGGAAUCUCUUUUAAAGGAUGAGUCUGGUUCUGUUGUCAGUUAAUCCCAUGUGUUAUUGACAGACAUCUAAACAGUAAUCACUGGAUUACUAGAAGACACACAGCAGAGGACACAUCUGUCUCUUGAGUCAGGAGCUUCAGUUUAGGGACAGAUUCAUUUGGAGACUGUUCACAUUGACUUCACCUACAGCCACGUUACUUUGUUCUUAGAGAUCCAGUAUUUGUGCACAACCCAUUCUCCAACAGGUGGUCAUCUGCUCCAGUGCUGAACAUACAGUGUAUAUGUGUACCUUUGUUGUGUGCUUAUAACACCACUUGACUGUGAUUCAUUUUUGCACGGACAAAUAUCCAAGUGGAUGUUCACACGGACAAUUUGCAUUAUUUGUGUUUGUAGCAACAACUGUACAGUGUUGAUAUUCUGCUGAGCAUGCUGGAGCUUCACAGCUGUUCCCACUUGAUGAGUCCAGCUCCAAUCAGCCAAACUCAAUCACCUUUGACGGGUGAGCUGCUUUCAAGGUUUAACAUCAAUGCAGAGACUAAAGGAAGCAACUUUUUACUUUUAUCAACAAUUCCCCUGGCAGGUGUCAUGGGGUAAAAACCUUUUUGUGCACAUUAAUUAUCGAUCUGAGAGCAUAAAUUAUGAAUUUGCACACAACAGUAAGAUUUUAAAGAGGGAUUCCUGCACUUAAAGUAUCAGAGGGCACAGUAUUGUAAUAUUUUUCACAUUAACUUUGUUUUUGCCGAGCUCUGGGCGAUAAAUCAGGAUUUACCUUCAAUUGUUAAAAUCUAUGAAUUGAAUCUGCAAAAUCAAGAAUUAUGGCUAAAUGUCAAUUGUUCAUAAGAAUUUAAACAACCGGGAGUUUGAUUUUGAAUCGGAUACAAUUUUAUUAUUGCUUUCAUAAAUAACAUUUUUGAUUAGUGACAUUUAAAAAAGAACAUUGUUGAUGUGAAAACAACUUAAUUAAUCACCUUCACUUUUUAAAUUACCUGUUGAAAGCAGAGAUUCCGCUCUUGAGCGACACAAAGAUCAAAGAUUUGUUUAAUACCAAUAAUUGAAUUGAUAUCACCCAAAAUUGAAUUGAAAAAAGACUGAAAACUAAACCAUUGCAGACGUUACGCGGAGCUUCUGUUGGUGUUCACUUGUGUAGAUUUGUCAGCGCAGCACUGUGUUUGUAUGGUCUGUAUUUGGUUGAAACAGCAGAGAGCAGCUGGUCGUACUGUCAGUGUGUGAGUGUUUCAGUGUGUGAGUUCCUGUUUGUCUGCAGAGCGCCGCGGUGCAGAAAACAAAUCGCAUUUCAAAAGGGCUUUUCUGAAGCAUUCAAUGAUCCAAUGACUGUGACCUCUGGAAGACGCUUACUUCCUGUUCAACACAUCGUACUGUAGAGAGACGCUGUGCUGUCGGCCGGGUUCUGCACCAACAUGACGUAUCGAGCAUUUAAAACUGAUUCUUAAGCUUCUCAUUGAUAGCACAGUAGAUGAGUGUUUGGUACUUCACGUCACAUCAGUAGAGAAAACAGCUGAAGCUGCCCAUCAUUCCUUUCUUUAUCUCAAAAUAAACCUUCAGAUGGAAUAAAACAAAGCAGAUUUACACUAACAUGAGGGCAACAUGUGAGAUGAAAUAGUACGCUGCUAAUAAAAUAAACGCUGUUUAUUCUGGUAGGCUUCCCUCACAGAACGAGUCAGAGUGUGUUCUUUGUUGCUGUGUGCUGUUGUCCAUGUGGGUUUCUCAUGAAAGUGACAGUGUUAACACAUGAUGGUCUUUUUACAGAUUGUGAGUCUGGAUUCAAGUGCAGAACCUGCAGAGUUUAAAACACUGUUUGUUAGGAUGAAUGGGUGUUGGAUGUGUACGU